AUGGAUCAAAUAAGUGAAUGACUACAUAUGAUUAGCGAGGAUCCCCGAGACGAUACCUUAAAAAUUACAAUUCUUGAGUCCUUAAUUGAUAGAUAUUCUUGCUACAAAUACAUUAACCGAUCAAGAAGAACUAGUCAUUUUGGCAUUAAACCGCUUCAAGAUCCAAGUAAUCUUUCUUUCCACUACCCAAACUUUGCAACCUCAACUGAUUUUAACUCGGAAUUUGACUCUUUUACCCUUGGGCAUACUUUUUCUACAGCAUCUUCAGAGGUUUCACUCACAGCCAGCAUUGCUUUUCCAGAGAACAAAAAGUGAUAUUCCAAUACUAAAAUUUGUAAUUUUCAUCUAGAUUCCGCAGAAGAGUUUGAAAUAAUUCGGCACAAUUUCAUUGUCCUUUUCUUUGAGCACAAGCCUAAAGGUGGAGCUAGAGUCCAUAAAAACGAGCUUUACAUACAUAUCGCCAAUAUCAUCCAAUUUUUCUUGGAUUGCUGUAUCACCACAAGCUUUUUUUUAAACCAAAUAAUCAUGCCUGAGAAACAAGUACAAUGGAUGGACUUAAAGUCGUUUGGGCAAGCUAUGGAAAGAGUCCAAUAUACAGUGUUUGAUAAAACCUCGUUCUUUUAUAAGCCUCCAGACCAAGAAUUAAAGAAAAUGAUUAAUUUACAGAAACUUUUGUGUAAGAAAUAUGCAGUUUUUUAUUGUGUUGUAGAAUUCGGGUAUGGAAAUAGCCUGGGGAGAAAUGAUUUAAAAAUAGUCAUGAAUAUGGCAUUAAAAAGUAAAAAGAAAAACCACGAAGAUACAACGAAAUUUGUAGAGUGGACUUUUAAGAAAAAACAAGAAAUUUUCAAGAAAAAUGAAGAUUUUAUCACAUUUGAGGAGUUCCAUAAAAUACUGAAAAAUUAG